UGUCCGCUGCUGCCAGGGGCGGAUAUGUUGGGGCGGCCUGCUGGAGGACAGCACCACAGAUAUUUCUGAUUUUACUGGAUAAAAUAGUCACGAAGCAAAGACGGGACGCCAUGGAUGCCGUCAACGCGUUUAACCAUGAGUUGUUCUCCUUGAUGGACACCAAGCCUCCCAUCUCGAGGGCCAAGAUGGUCUCCAUCACCAAAUCUGCUAUAAAAGCCAUUAAAUUAUACAAACAUGUUGUCCAAAUUGUGGAGAAGUUUAUAAAAAAGUGCAAGCCUGAGUACAAAGUCCCAGGACUUUAUGUGGUGGACUCCAUUGUGAGGCAGUCCCGCCAUCAGUUUGGAGCAGAAAAAGAUGUUUUUGGGCCACGUUUCACCAAAAACUUCCAAGGGACAUUUGAGAAUCUAUGCUUGUGUCCCACAGAGGAUCGGAGUAAGAUAGUGAGAGUUUUGAACCUGUGGCAGAAGAAUGGAGUGUUUAAAAUCGAGGUUAUCCAGCCUCUCUUGGACAUGACUGCUGGAUCCAGCAGUUCAGCAGGGCUAGACAACAGCCCUGAUGGGGCAUCUCCGCCGUCUCCUGUGAGGGAACAGGAGUCUCAUCCUGUGGUGACGUCAAACUCCAUUGCAGCAUCUGUGCCUCAGCUUCAGAACUCGGAUGCCUUUGCAGCUGUUGCUCAGCUAAUUCAGUCGUCUCAAGGACAGCAGCUUCAGCAAAUACUGCAGAACUUUCAGCCUCCAGGGAAACCUCAGUCUCCAGCUGCUGACAGCAGCAGGAGUCACCUCCACCUGCAGGCCCAGCCAACGACUGCUGCCUCCAGCCUCACACAGCAGCACAUCCAUCACGCACCAGAACCUGUUGAGAAGAAAGCCACCUUUGACAAGACACUUUUGGACCGUUUUGACUAUGAUGAUGAACCAGAAGCUGGAGAGGAAAGCAAGAAGGAUGAAACGCCAUCUGUUCAACCUAAUAUAGGAUUUUCUGAGCAGACCGCUGCAGAUAUUCCUCCAGGCAAUCAGAUGCAGUCCUUUCAACAACAUAUGAUGGGCAUGUCACAACACCAACAGGUUGUUCUUCCUGCAAAUGGUCAGAUGCAAGGGUUUGGUCUUAUGGCCUCUCAGCCCUUUCCUGGUAUGAUGCCUCAGAUGGGGCAGCCCCAUGGGACUUUCCCUCCCCAGAAUGACACCUUCAAUCAGCUCAUGGCUGGGCAUCAACAUCAGAACAUGGCGAUUAAUUCAGACGCAUCCGCUAGGCAGUGCACCGAAGGGAAGAGGUCAAGGUCACGCUCAGGGUCAAGAUCUCCUAAAAGGAGAAGGUCUCGCUCAAAUUCCCGCAGCAGACGAAUGCGGCACCGGCGAUCUCGCUCGCGUUCUCGAGACCGUCGUCGACAGUCACCUCGUUCUCGCUCUCAGGAAAGGAGAGAUAGAGAGAGGGAACGAGAGCGAAGACAGAAAGGCCUUCCUCCGGUUAAGAAUAACACACUCAGUGUGUGCAGUACAACUCUAUGGGUGGGUCAGCUGGAUAAGAGGACACAGCAGCAGGACGUGGCCUGUUUACUAGAGGAGUUUGGACAGAUAGAUUCAAUUAAUAUGAUUCCUCCUCGUGGUUGUGCCUACAUUGUCAUGAUCCAUCGGCAGGAUGCCUAUCGGGCCCUCCAGAAGCUUAGCAGAGGUCCAUACAAAGUCAACCAGAAAGCCAUUAAGAUUGCCUGGGCUCUGAAUAAGGGCAUUAAGGCAGAUUUUAAGCAGCACUGGGAUGUGGAGUUGGGUGUUACCUACAUACCAUGGUCCAAAGUCAAGAUGGAGGACUUAGAUGUGUUCAGAGAAGGAGGGAUGCUGGACCCUGAUUCUCUUGCACCAGACUGGAGAGGCUCUCUGAGUGAACUGGAGAAGGUUGAAGAGUUGUCUCAGAAUGGCAGGCCUGCGGGAAAGGUGGAGGAGACUCCAGCGCUAGUUCCUAUGCAGCCUCAAGUUCCUCCUGUCCAGCCAAUGGGAGCUGUCAGUGUUCCACCACCAGGAUUCCCAGGACCUAUGAAUAUCCCACCCCCCUCAUUCCCACCUGGGGUUCCUCCACCCCCGGGGCCCUUUAUACGGCCCGGCUUUAACCCCAUGCAGAUGCCACCAGGAUUUCUCCCCCCGGUUGCCAUGCCUCCUAUGGGCACUCCUGGGCCUCCCCCACCCACAGCAGGAAUCAACAUUCCACCAGUUGGCAAAUCAGUUGAAGACCUGUCGAGUGAUUCAGCAGGUUUGGGUCCAAGAAUCAAUAGUCAUGGAACAGAUGGCUUCAACUCAGGAAACCAAGUGCCUCAUGGAGGUCCACCAGGGAUGGGUAUGCAAUCUCCACCAGGUCUUCUAGGUUCACGGCCAGGAAUGAUGCCUCUACAGCGGCCCCCGGGGAUGCCACCUCCACACAUGCAGCGUUUCCCCAUGCCGCCUCCUCGCCCUGGCAUGCCACCUAUCCCUCCACAGAUGAUGCCACCCAGGGGCCCACCUCAGAUGAUGCACCGCGAGCCUCCACCCAGAGCCUUCGGCAUGGGCAUGCCACCCCCUCCUCAUGGCAUGAGGGGCCCCUUCCCUCCUUCUGGACCUCCCUUUAUGAGACCCAGCGGCCCGAGACCUGAAGGACCAGAUAAUCACGAGGGAAGAUCGUUCAGGGGUGAGCGCCCGCCCUUCGGGAGGGGCAGAGAUCGAGAGCAGGACUGGUUCGGAGGGCGCCGUCCUUUUGGUGAAGGUCAUGGCGGGGAUAGGUCAGAAGGUCGCGAGCAAUUCAGGGGCUGGCAUGAGGAGCCGGAAAAGCAAGGGGGGUGGGACAGAGAGAGAGAACAUCAGGAUUGGAGGAGUCCGGAAGGAGAGCGGGAUCGAGAAAGAGAGCGAGGAAGGGAAGGUGAAGAACGUAGUAGGCGUUUGUUUGGGAGCAAAGACAGAGAGCCGGGGACUCGAGAGAGAAGCACACGCUGGGACAGGGACGAUAGACUCGAUCGAUUGGGUCCCACCAGCGAAGAGCCCAAUGAGAGGCUUCGAGACGGUGCAGCAACAACCAACGAACCCAAUGCAAACUCAACUAAAGAACUUCCUAAAGCCAAGCCGGAUGCUCCGAAAACUUCCACUGAAGCCACAGCACACUCUAAAGCCUCAGAACCGAUAACAGAGGACAAACCUGCCGAACAGACGCAUACAGAAGAGUCAUAGAGGGCUCUCUAUAAGUUAAAGGGAUAUUUGACCCAAAAAUGAAAAUUCUGUCGUCAUUUACUCACCAAACCUGAAUGACUUUCUUUGUGCCGUGGAAUGCAAAAGAUAUGCUAGGCAGAAUGUUAGAGACUGAUAGCCUCAGUCAUCAUUUAACCUAAGAUUCUGCCUAACUUCUCUUUUUCUGUUCCUUUUUGAAACAACAUGAGGGUGAGUAAUUGAAGACCGAAUUAUAAUUUUUUUGUUCCUUUUAAGUGUCUCGGAGUGAAAGACCUUGUGAGCUACUCCAGUGACCAUAUUAAUCUUGAAUACUGCAGAAACAACAAAGCAGUGUCAGUACACCUGUUCGGGGAUGCAUCUUAGCAUCUUUGGCAAACAUGGAGCUUUGCCUUGCGAAUUGUUGUCCCACCUCAAUGAAGCUUGAAUGUUGUAUUAAAACAAAAGACAAGGAAGUGAUUAAAAAAAAUUCUGCUGUAAAUAUGCUAACAUUACUCGAGUAAUAUUUGUAGAUUUGACCAGGAUUUGUUUUUUCUUUUAAGUUUAAAAAAAAAAAAAAACAUGGACUAAAAUAAGAUAUUAAGGCCCCUUUUGCUGUAAUGUUUUUUUAACUUAAUGUUUACAACAUACAAGAAACAAGAUGUUUGUUUUUUUUAUGAUUACGUUUUUGGAGGUAAGACCUCCAAAUAUGUCAGCGAUAAGGAUUUGGUUUUAAUAAAGUAUUUUCAUACCAAAUUAA